AUGACAAGGGGACCUGCUGAAUCCUUUGGAAACCUAUCCACAGGCCUUCAGACCCAGGGACCGGUGCCCAAGGACCCCAGGCUUAUGGGGGCCCAGAUCUGCUCCCAGGCUGACGCCGACAUGCCCCGCGAGGCGCUCCGUUUCCACGCCGAGGCCGUGGGCGCGCAGGUGCGUCUGGACGCACAGCGGAGCACCGCGCGCAGGCGCGCCACGUUCCACGACGGCAUCGUGUUCAGCCAGCGGCCCGUGCGGCCGGGAGAGCGCGUGGCGCUGCGCGUGCUGUGUCACGAGCACGGCUGGUUUGGCGGCCUCCGCGUGGGCUUCACGCGCCUGGACCCCGCGCGGCUGCCCGCGCCCAGCCUGCCGCCCUUCGUGUGCCCGGACCUGGAGCAGCAGAGCCCGACGUGGGCGGCCAUGCUGCCGGACGGCUGCGCGCUGGAGGGGGACGUCGUGCGCUUCUGGGUGAACCGCCGCGGCCGGCUCUUCGUCCGGGUCAACGCGGGCCCCCGACUCCUGCUGCGCAAGGGCGUGCUCUUGGGCGCCCCGCUCUGGGCCGUGAUGGACGUGUAUGGGACCACCAAAGCCAUAGAGCUGCUGGAUCCUACAGGCAACACCUUCCCCACAACCAUGCCAUGGGUCCUCAGUGAUGAGACUCUGCCAGAGCCGGAAGCCACGACAGGAGAGGAGUGUGCUGUCUGCUUCCACCAGGCUGCCAACACCUGCCUUCUCCCCUGCGGCCACACAUACUUCUGCAGCUACUGCGCCUGGCGUAUCUUCAGGGACACGGCCAAAUGCCCCCUGUGUCGCUGGGAGAUUGAGGCGGUGGCCCCAGCUUGGGACCAUCCUGCUCUGAGCACCAGAGAUGGCCACAUGGUAUAG